UCUCAGUUUGUGUCUAAGCUCGAACUCGGAAGCACAGGGUCAAGAGUUGUGUGGCAAGAUAAUGACUAGUCUGAAAUUUCUGCUAUUGUCUUCAGUUCUAGUGCUAUCGAGAGCGGAGUACCUAAAAUGUCCCACUCAUCAGCAUCGCUUCGAGAAGAUCGUCGGAUAUCGACCUUCGACUCACUAUGAUAUCAACAUGAAUGCUAAUCUGGAGAAAAACAUGGGUGUCAUCCCGGAGUUUCAGCAGCUGAAUAAGUUCUGCUGGGCGCAGUGUCAGCAGGACAUCAAUUGCUUCGGGUAUGUGUACUUCCUGAAGAACAACACAUGCUUCGGCUACAGCGUGAGCAGGACAUUUGAAGACAUCUACUACAUAAAGCACCAGAAACUCUUACUUUUCUCCGAUGCAAAUGCUGUGUUUUUCCAGAAAAUGUGCUUGAGAGUUCCAGAGCAUUGUCAGCAAAGAAUGUGGCCAAUAUCCAGGUAUCCGAGAGCUCUGGUCAUGCCACAGGAGUACGAGAGGUCGCAAAAAUUGAUGGGUCGCCGAGAAUGUGUGGAAAGUUGUAUUCAUGAGAGCAAAUUCCUUUGUCACUCUGUGAUCUUUAUUCCGUCCAAUCGGAAUAACUUCAUCAGGAGCAGGAAUCCAUCGCCGUAUUUGAGCAAGGACAUAGGACAGUGCAUCCUGAAUACGGCUAAGAGUCCCCUUCUCAAUGGGACAAUCGCUGAGGUUCAGUCAUCGGCACAUUUCAGUCUGGAAUACAUUGAGAAUCAGUGCAUAGAUCAGUGGUCUCCCACAGAUCCAUCGCCAUCCGAUUGUUCUUUUGAAAAGUACUACAACAGAACCUUUAUAUACGCGGACAACGCCUUGGAAAACUCAACACUUGAUGACUGCCAAAUGAUGUGUUUCCAGGAAGAAUCUUUCUCAUGUCGAGGCAUCUCCUUUAUUCCUCAGACGAAGAAAUGUUUCCUGCAUUCCGACGAUAUUGCGCUCUUCGGAGAGGUUUCACUGACUCAUUCCUACGGAUCAAUCUACAUGAGACAAGUUGAAUGCCUAAAUGUCUCUGUUGCCUGCAUGGAUGAUGAGAUAUUAGUUCGAUAUCGGCCUAGGGGAACAUUCGCGGGAAAGCUUUAUUCUAAUUCCCGAUAUUCAAAUUGUUCAGUGCAGGAAAACCGCAAUACUUCAGUUGAUCUUAGGAUUGCAUUUGGCGAGGAGAUCCAGGAAAAUUUAUGCGGAAUUGUUAGAGCUUAUGAGAGGCGGGAUGACGUCAACAGAACUCUAAUUUCCACACUCAUUGUCAUACAGAAUAAUCCCACGGCGAGAACAUAUGAUGAUCGAAUGAUCAAGAUCGGUUGUGUUGUGAACAAUAGUGAGAUUCUCGAGAGAAUGUCCAAAGAAAGGAGUUUAAAACCAAUCAAAGCCAAACCUGAAGUAAACGACCAGGAAAAGCUGUUCAACAAUGGAAGGCUUAACUUUGUGAAAAUCGAAUUGAUAGACAUUGACAAAGGGAUAAAAGUUUCCGAAGUGAAUCUCGGUCAGAAGGUUCAGUUGCGAAUUUAUGGAGAUGCUUUGAGUGACAAGUUUAAAUUUAGAGUGGUUAAUUUAACUGCUAUAUCAGAUUCUGGUGAAGAAAUGCUGCUCCUGGACAAAAACGGCUGCCCGGAAGAUCCCUCUUUGAUGUCAAUUUUUAAAAGUGGGAUGGCUGAUGGGAGUUUUUUCUUAUCGUCCCAAUUCAGAGCUUUCAAAUUCUUUGAUAGUCCGCGCGUUAUAUUUAAGGUUUUCCUUCAGUUCUGUACUCGAGACUGUUCUCAACCGAAUUGCAAUGUUAUGUCGCAAAAAGACAUCGGAGUGCAAUAUUCGAAUAAUAAUGAGACAGAGGUUUUCGACGACAUGUCGUCAAGUCCAACUCACAUGGAUAUUGCGUUUCCGGAGAUUUUUCACAGAUACAAUGAUAAUUCUUUGAGCAACUCCACUGCCGAGGUGGGCGGUGACAACUUCAUUGAAUCCAGUGAAGUACAGUAUCAAAGAAUCCUUGCGUCUCUCGAUAGUGAUGAAGAAGAUGACGAUUCUAGUAGCGCAGCAAAAAUAAUGGAAAAAUAUAGCAGCUUUUACUCAUUGGCAAUGUGCGAUUUUCUAGUUUAUACUGAAGACGCGAGAUCUGAGAGCUUCGUCUAUGGAAGCGAUGGUUCAAAAGCCAAUUCGACAAGUGAUCCCAAAAUCAAUACUUUCAAGGUAGAAGAUCUAAUUUGUUUAGACACGACUCUCUUGAAGAUUCUUUUCACAUUCUUUAUCCUCCUGCUGAUAGUGAUUCUUUUGGUAAGCUAUUGUUGCAUACGAAGGCAUAGAAAAUUAGCGGAAUACGAGAAUAAUAGUUGCAGCACCAGCUCCUCAAAUGAGAGACGCUACUUGCCGAAAUUCCUUCAGGGCCAUCGUCAUGUAAAGUGGGCGGAUGAAAACUUUGGUUUUGUUUAUUGAAUAUUGUAAAAAUUUGUUAUUUAUUGUGCAGGUGCCAAUAAAGUAAAUUUAUUUAA